UUGUAAACUCCUGUAGUCCACCUAGGAAACGCUCUAAAAAAAGACACCUGAGUGCAGAAAUGAAAGAGGUCAUUUUGAAUAUAUAUAAGAUCGAGCGCGAGGAGAACGAGGCAUCAACCAUCAAAGAAAUUGUUGUGAAGGUUUCUCACAAAGUUGGGGUGUGUCGCGCAUCAGUGUUUAAUGUGUUAAGACAAUACACAAAAAAUCACACCUUUUCUGAGCCAAUGACCAGUAAACAUCGCAAAAGUAUUGUUAAAUCAUUGGAUGAAGCUGAUAAGCAUGCGAUUAGGAGGAAAGUGCAUGAAUUCUUCUUUAGGAAUGAAAUACCUACUAUAGAUAAAGUACUGCAGGAGGUAAAUGGAGAUACAACGUUGCCAAAUUUCAAACGAUCAACUUUCCAUGCGUUACUGAAGCAUUUAAAUUUCAAAUGGAAAAAACGGGGUCGUAAUAGUUUACUACUGGAUAGAGAAGAAAUUGUGCUAUGGAGGAGGGAUUAUUUAACAAAAAUUAGGAAAUAUAGAAAUCAAAACAGGAAGAUUUAUUACCUUGAUGAAACGGGGGUAAACGCAGGACACACUACAAAUGGACUGUCAACCGGAUUAAAAAAUCCAGCAGUACUUCGAUUUCCAGGUAAAGGGAAAAGGCUCAUUAUCUGCCAUAUUGGCAGUGAGGAUGGAUUUGUUGUUGACGGUCUGUGGUGCUUUGAGUCUAAGAAAACUGGAGAUUACCACGAGGAAAUGAAUGGCGAAUCGUUUGAACAGUGGUUUUCAGAAAUUUUACCGAACUUAGAGGAAAACGCAGUAAUUGUGUUGGAUAAUGCGCCUUAUCAUUCUCGAAGAAUGGAGAAGGUCCCAACAACGGCUUCAAGGAAAGUUGAUGUUCAAAAUUGGCUCCGUUCGAAAAAUAUCAACUUUGAAGAAGCAAUGCUGAAAGUACAAUUAUUAAGAAUUGUCAAGGAUCACAAGGCGGAAUAUCAAAAAUACGCCAUUGACGAAAUGGCAGCAAGUCAAAAUAAAACUGUGCUCCGUUUACCUCCAUACCAUUGCGAGGUCAAUCCCAUUGAGCUCAUAUGGGCAGAGGUUAAAAAUUAUAUAGCUAAGCACAAUACAACUUUUAAAUUUUGUGACCUCAAAGGACUUUUCAAAGAAGCACUAGAAUUAAUAACAGCGCAAAAAUGGGAAAACUGUAUUAAGCACGUGAAAGACAAAGUUGAAAAGAGAAUGUGGGAACUGGACAAUAUUUUAGAGGAACAAGUCGAGCCAUUCAUUAUUGACGUUGGUGCUUCAGGCAGUAGCGAUGAUGAAAGCUCAUCAAGCUCAUCUUUCCAAUAA